GAGGAGGCCCUGCCUGUGUGGCUCGCUCACCCCAGCCAGGACAAGCUUAGUGCCUUAGUAAGAAAUGUCCCUCCUCACGAAGAGGCCCACCUCAGAGCUGGCUCGAGGCCCAUCCUUUCCUGCCAGCUGUUCCUAGGCGGCUUGAACCCAAGCCUGUUCCACCCCGGCCUCGUGCGUGGAGCGGGGCCUCAGGGGUGGAACCCACUGACGGCCUUGCUUUUUCUCCUCUGCAGCCUCCGCUGAGGAAGUCCCAGGGAGCACAGCUGACUUGGGGAAGGUCUGGGAAAAACCUCCCUGCUUUUGGGGGGGCGGGGCGGAGGAUGAGCCACUGCUGACGAGCAACUUGGGAGAUUCGGUGGAUCGCUCUAGACUGGUUCAGAUGCUCGCGGUGCGGCGUGGAGAGGAUUUGUGCAAACACUUCCUCGCUGUGCAGAGAGGAAUGCAAGAGGAGGCCGCCUGUGGUACAUCUUGGACUGUUAGAGAAAUGUGCCCGCGCUUGUGAACGUGCAGAGACGAUGAGGCCAGAGCCGAGCAGGGCAGGGCCUGGGAGAAGGAGAGUGGGGCCCCUGCCUGGAGUCCAUGUGCUGCCCUUGGGCAUCGCUCCUGCCCAGGGCGCCACACCACCCCCCUCCCACAGGAAGUGCUCUCUCCUGGCCGCUGCAAGGCCCUUCCUCGCCCUGCUGCUGCUGGCUUCCAUCAAGCAAGUUACAGGAUCUCUCCUUCAGGAGACAACUCGGAAGUGGGCUCAGUACAAAGAGAAGUGUCUGAGAGACUUACUCAAGAAACCUUCUGGCGUAUUUUGUAACGGGACCUUUGAUCAGUACGUGUGCUGGCCUCAUUCCUCUCCAGGAAAUGUCUCUGUUCCCUGCCCUUCAUACUUACCUUGGUGGCGCGAAGAGAACUCAGGAAGGGCCUACAGACACUGCUUGGCUUGGGGCACUUGGCAGACGCAGGAGAACUCCACAGAUAUUUGGCAGGACGACUCUGAAUGCUCUGAGAACCACAGCUUCAAACAAAACGUGGAGCACCAUGCCUUGCUGUCGACCUUGCAGCUGUUGUACACCGUGGGUUACUCCCUCUCCAUUGUCUCCCUCUUCCUGGCUCUCACCCUCCUCUUGUUUCUUCGAAAACUCCACUGCACACGCAACUACAUCCACAUGAACUUGUUUGCUUCUUUCAUCCUGAGAGCCCUGGCCGUGCUGGUGAAGGAUGUCGUCUUCCACAACUCUUACUCCAGGAGGCCCAACAACGAGGAGGAGUGGAUGUCCUACGUGUCGGAAAUAUCCACCUCCUGCCGCUCAGCCCAGGUUCUCCUGCACUACUUCGUGGGUGCCAAUUACUCAUGGCUGCUAGUUGAAGGCCUUUACCUCCACACGCUUCUGGAGCCCACGGUGCUUUCUGAAAGGCGGCUGUGGCCUAGAUACCUGCUGGUGGGUUGGGCCUUCCCAGUGCUGUUUGUUGUACCUUGGAGUAUCGCCCGUGCACAGCUGGAGAACACAGGGUGCUGGGGAACCAAUGGGAAUAAGAAAAUCUGGUGGAUCAUCCGAGGACCUAUGCUGCUCUGUGUAAUGGUCAAUUUCUUCAUCUUCCUGAAAAUUCUCAAGCUUCUCAUUUCUAAGCUCAAAGCCCAUCAAAUGUGCUUCAGAGAUUAUAAAUACAGAUUGGCAAAAUCAACGCUGGUCCUCAUUCCUUUAUUGGGUGUUCACGAGAUUCUCUUCACCUUCAUCACUGAUGAUCAAGUUGAAGGAUUUUCAAAACUUAUAAGACUCUUCAUCCAGUUGACUCUGAGCUCCUUCCAUGGAUUACUUGUGGCCUUGCAGUAUUGCUUUGCCAAUGGAGAGGUGAAGGCCGAGCUGCGGAAGCACUGGGUCCGCUUCUUGCUAGCCCGCCACUCGGGCUGCAGAGCCUGGGUCCUGGAGAAGAACUUCCGAUUCCUGGGGAAAGGGCCCAAGAAGCUCUCUGAGGGAGACAGUGCUGGGACGCUGCAGAAGCUGCGGCCCUCGCCUGGCAGCGGGCAGCUCCUGCACCUGGCGGUGCAGGGCCUGGGGGUGCUGGGCGGCGGGCCCCACCGGGGCCAUGCGGGCUGGCCCCGGGGCAGCAGCCUGUCCGAGAGCAGCGAGGGCGACUUCACCCCGGCCCACACCAUGGAGGAAAUUCUCGAGGAGAGCGAGAUCUAGGAGGAGGCCCACCGCUCCAGCUCUGCUCCUUGGAGCCUCCUGAGAAGGGAGAGGGAGGAGGAGGCCACGCCAAAGGAUGUUGUGGGGAGCAGUCAUUACUCUUCCCAUGCACCACGCCCACUUUGACAUGAAGUCUGCCUCAAGGUUUUUCAUGCUCUGUAGGAAACAAGCUGCAUAAACAUUCACUGCUUUUCUGCCCUUGUCAUCCUAAUAACCCCCACCAAUGUGUUUUCCAGAAUGAUCUCUGGGGCUGGCCCUAAAUUCAGGUGAACAGAGCCUUAUUAUACAGAUAGAUGUCUGCUAUGAAAUAGAGGCCAGCCAGUGUCUCUUCCUUUACCCCUCGUGGUACAAGGUUUCUAUCUGAGGUUGGCUUUAAGGUGUAAAAGGACCACUUGGGAAGUGUUUUAAAUGCAGAGUCUGACUCAUGGCGGAGAGUCUAAGAGAGUGAGUCUGGGAUGAUGGCCAGCGAUGAGAAUCGUGUAACAAGCAUCCCAGGAAAUUCUGAUACAAGACCACGCUUUGAAAACC